CCCGCAUAAACUGCAGCGUCUCGGGAAUCAAGCGUAAGCAUUUCAGUGCAUGGGUUAGAGUGCGGGGUGAUGUGAGUACUUUUGAACUGCCAGGACGCCGAGAUUGUGGUCAAAUUUGGAGGGAUUUGCGUAUACAAGUGAACCGCGAGUAGUGAAUUUAAUGUUGUUGGCAAUCUCGGUAUUUCGAGGCCUUCUGCUGGGAGAGUGGAGUGGAGUUUUGCGUCUAUUGUGUUGUUUGGUUUUUAUUCUAGAGUGUACAAUUUAGCUGUCGUCUUGGCACAUUCGUGUUGAGACUGUUGAGCUUAGUCCAGAAAAUGGAGUUUGUUGUGUUCGACACGGAUCCGUUUCUUACGUCGUUGCACCAGCUGGUGCAUGAGCCUGAGAGCGACUUGGAAAGAAAGAUUAAGCGCAAGCGACGAAGUCAGCACGAUGAGCCGAGGCAUGUGACUAUAGCUACACCCGUCGAUGUGAAGGAGAAAAAAGACGCGUAUCUCUUCAUUGCGGAUGUUCCUGGCCUUCAAAAGACUGACAUUGAGGUGCAAAUCGAGAAUGAAAAUAUCCUAACCAUGCGGGGUAAGAGAAAACUCGACGAGAUAGUCAACGACAAAGAGGAGGAUACGAAGUUCGUACGCAUGGAGCGGAGUCCUGUGAAACUGUUUCGGAAAUUCACUCUACCGUCAGACGCAAAUGCUGAUGCCAUUACUGCCAACUGUGUAGAUGGUGUGUUGAUGGUCACUGUGCCCAAAAUUCCGCCUCCUGAACCAGCGAAACCAAAGACAGUUAAAAUUGCAGUUGAUUGAGCUCCUUCGUCAGCAAUAAGAAUCUGGCAACCAAGAGGCCAUCGCUGACGAGAUUAAGAGCUGCUGGAGGGGGCUUUGACUUGCGUGUUCGUUUGGAACAACCGGGCUUGAUUAUUUCACAGUAGUCACAUCUCGUCUAUUUCAGACCCAGUGCGCGAGAUGACCGAUGAUGCUUGAAAUUCUGGUUCAGAUUCAGCAUCCUCCCUUUUUCACAAUUUUGGGGUUUGGAUAUCAAAACAGAAUCUUAUCAGCGGGGCUUGGCCUGGACCUGAGACUACUAGAAAACAUUUAGGCACGUUUUGUAAAUAGCACCAUGAAACAUUUUUUUCCUCCCCUCUUCAAUUUUGUUUUUUGUUUUUCGUA